GACCACAUCAUUUUUGUUCCCUUUGUUGGAUAUAUCCUAAUGUCAAAUGUGGCAUAUCUUUGUUGUCUCCUCCUGUCUCCCAACUAGAGGGAACGCACUUACGGCUCCUGUCGAGGACAGGUUCGGUUGUCGGUGUGAUUGGCUUCCAGGGAACCUGAUACAAGGAGCAACUGUGCCUUUGUUUGAGGAGCUGUGCUGGGUGCUGAUAUUGACACAGACCAUGCUGCUCCUGCUGCCGAUACUGAACCUGAGCUUACAACUUCAUCCUGUAGCAGCUUUAUUCACCGUGACAGCUCCUAAAGAAGUGUACACCGUAGACGUCGGCAGCAGUGUGAGCCUGGAGUGCUAUUUUGACCGCAGAGAAUGCACUGAACUGGAAGGGAUAAGAGCCAGUUUGCAGAAGGUAGAAAAUGAUACGUCUCUGCAAAGUGAAAGAGCCACCCUGCUGGAGGAGCAGCUGCCCCUGGGAAAGGCUUUGUUCCACAUCCCUAGUGUCCAAGUGAGAGAUUCCGGACAGUACCGUUGCCUGGUCAUCUGCGGGGCCGCCUGGGACUACAAGUACCUGACGGUGAAAGUCAAAGCUUCUUACAUGAGGAUAGACACUGGGAUCCUGGAGGUUCCAGGGACAGGGGAGUUGCAGCUUACCUGCCAGGCUAGAGGUUAUCCCCUAGCAGAAGUGUCCUGGCAAAAUGUCAGUGUUCCUGCCAACACCAGCCACAUCAGGACCCCCGAAGGCCUCUACCAGGUCACCAGUGUUCUGCGCCUAAAGCCUCAGCCUAACAGAAACUUCACCUGCAUGUUCUGGAAUGCUCACACGAAGGAGCUGACUUCAGCCGUCAUUGACCCUCUGAGUUGGAUGGAACCCAAAGUCCCCAGAACGUGGCCACUUCAUGUUUUCAUCCCGGCCUGCAUCAUCGCUUUGAUCUUCCUGGCCAUAGUGAUAAUCCAGAGAAAGAGGAUCUGGGGGAAGCUGUAUUACGGAAGAAGAUCUGAACCUGCGGUCUUGGGAGUUGGAAGGAUCUGAUUGGAAAUCCUCAAGAGACUUCUGGACCCAAAGUGAGAAUCUUGCAGGACCUGCCAUUUGCACUUUUGAACCCUUUGGAUGAUGACCCAGGGCUCCGAAGAGGAGCUUGCAAGACUGACAGUCUUCCCUCUGUCUCAAGACUCUCUGAACAAGCAAGACCCCAAUGCACUUUAGACUUACCCCUGGGAUCCUGGUGAGGGCCUAAGGCUCCUAAUGACUUCCAGGGUGAGAACACAAGGAAUUGCUCCCCGCCCCACGCCCACCCCCUGCUUUCCGCAGGCAGACAUGGAAAUUCCCAGUUACUAAAAUAGAUUGUCAAUAGACUUAUUUAUAGCCCUCAUUUCCUCCGGGGACUUGGAAGCUUCAGACAGGGUUUUUCAUAAACAAAGUCAUAGCUGAUGUGUUUUACAGCAUCCUAGAAUCCUGGCAGCCUCUGAAGUUCUAAUUAACUGGAAGCAUUUUAAGCACGUGUUAAGUACCCCACUGUGGUAUUUGUUUCUACUUUUUCUGUUUUUUAUAGUGUGAGUCACAAGGUAAUUGUUGUGACCUGUGAUAUCACUGUCUCGUGUGUCUCUUCUUUCAACAACAUCUUUUAAAAC